CUUAAAUAAGCACCACCGCUCCUGAACUCUUAUUGCUCACCGUCUAGUCUCUCUCGUUCUCUUUCUCUUUCUCCAUCCAUUAGAGUGUGAUUCUGGGUUCUUUUCUUAGGUUUUUCUGUUGUGUGAUUUUCAAGAAGAAAUAUGUCCAGCGAAGCUCCUAUAUUAAAAGAUAGUACUAUAGAAGUAAGCCAGGAGGAAUUUCCUCAACAACUCAAAGAAAAGAAGCUUUCUUGGCAAAAGCUAAGACGAUAUGACUCUCUAGAUGUCGAAUCCGGCAAGCUUCGUCAUGGCCACCCCCGCCAUGGCUUCAAGGGUGCAGAGUGGUCGGUGAUCUUGCAACUAGCCUUUCAGAGCCUAGGAAUUGUGUAUGGGGACAUUGGUACAUCACCUCUAUACGUGUUUUCCAGCACCUUCCCCAACGGAACUAUCAAGCACAACGAUGAUAUUUUGGGUGUUCUAUCGUUGAUCUUCUAUACUAUCACCUUGAUAACUCUUGUGAAGUACGUGCUCAUCGUCUUAUGGGCAAACGAUAACGGCGAUGGAGGAACAUUUGCUUUGUACUCUCUAAUAUGCCGAUAUGCGAAGGUGGGUUUGAUCCCAAGUCAAGAAGUUGAAGAUCGAGAUGUGUCAAAUUUCCAACUGCAAUUGCCAAGCAACCAGCUCCGACGAGCGUCAAGGCUUAAGUCAGUGCUUGAGAAGAGCCAAUUUGCCAAGUUCUUCCUCUUGUUUGCCACCAUGCUCGGUACUUCCAUGGUGAUUGGAGAUGGUGUCCUCACUCCUUGCAUCUCAGUUUUAUCGGCGGUCGGAGGGAUCAAGGAAGCCAAAUCUGCCAUGACAGAAGAUAGCAUUGUUUGGAUAUCAGUUGCCAUCUUAGUUUGCCUAUUCAUCUUUCAAAGAUUUGGAACGGACAAAAUUGGUUACAGCUUCGCUCCAAUAAUGUGUAUUUGGUUUGGCUUAAUCGCUGGCAUUGGUGUCUGUAAUUUCAUCAAAUAUGAUCCUACAGUUAUUAAAGCUAUAAAUCCCCAAUACAUAGUAGAGUAUUUCAAGAGGAACAAAAAAGAAGCAUGGAUUUCUCUUGGUGGCGUUGUCCUCGCCAUAACAGGAACUGAGGCAUUAUUUGCUGAUGUUGGCCAUUUCACUGUUCGAUCUAUACAAAUAAGUAUGUGUACUAUAACUUACCCUGCACUCAUAUUAGCAUACACUGGCCAAGCCUCUUUCCUUCGCAAGCACAAUGAAUAUGUUUCCAAAACCUUCUACAAAUCCAUCCCAGGUCCUCUAUAUUGGCCUAUGUUUGUGGUGGCCGUCUUAGCGGCUAUCAUAGCAAGCCAGGCCAUGAUCUCUGGGACUUUUUCUAUCAUCCAACAAUCUCUCUCGCUCGGGUGUUUUCCUCGUGUGAAAGUCAUCCAUACGUCGGCUAAGUAUGAAGGGCAGGUUUACAUACCUGAAAUCAAUUAUCUUCUUAUGGUGGCUUGUGUUGCAGUCACUCUUGGAUUUAGAACUACUGGAAAAAUAGGCAAUGCAUAUGGGAUCGCCGUGGUUUUUGUAAUGACACUCACAUCAGGAUUCUUAGUGUUAAUCAUGAUAAUGAUAUGGAAAACUCAUAUACUACUGAUAAUCACAUAUAUCUUCGUAAUUGGCUCCGUUGAGCUUCUCUAUCUAAGCUCGGUUCUCUACAAAUUUGAUCAAGGAGGGUAUCUCCCUUUGGCUUUUGCCUUGUUUUUGAUAGCCGUCAUGUACAUUUGGAAUGAUGUGUACAGAAAGAAAUACUAUUUCGAGCUAGAUAACAAGGUCUCUCCAGAGAAGUUGAAGGACAUAGUUGUUGAUACAAGCUCUUAUCGAAUACCAGGACUUGCUCUCUUCUAUUCAGAACUUGUUCAUGGAAUCCCACCCAUCUUCAAGCAUUAUGUGGCAAAUGUGCCUGCAUUGCAUUCGGUCCUAGUUUUUGUGUCCAUCAAAUCAUUGCCAAUAAGCAAAGUUCCCGAGGAGGAACGGUUUGUCUUUUGUAGAGCACAACCAAAUGAUCUCAAUGUCUUCCGUUGUAUCGUGAGAUAUGGAUACACAGAUAUCCGCAAUGGAGAAGAGCCCUUUGAGAGAAUGUUGGUUGAAAGGUUGAAAGCAUUCAUUAGGGAAGAUAUAAUGUUUUCUACCAUUAUUCGCAACAAUGAAAAGUGUGCAGAAGAGGAAGGAGAAUCAAAUGGAGGCUCGAGUCAUGGUGUAAAUGCAGACAAUGAUGCAAAACGAGUAGAUAACGAAAAACAACUAGAGGCCAUGGAGAGAGAAAUUGAAGCACUGGACAAAGCUUGGCGGGCUGGCGUUGUUCACUUGGUGGGUGAGCAUGACGUGGUUGCAGGCAAAGGGGCUGGUAUAGGAAAGAGAAUCUUGAUAAACUAUGCUUACAAUUUUCUGAAGAGGAACAUAAGGCAAAGCAACAAGGUGUUUGAUAUUCCUCAGGAACAAAUGCUAAAAGUUGGGAUGACUUAUGAGCUCUAGAAUAGCAAGCUCAGAAGAUCAAUGUAAUAAAACCUAAAUAACUGUGUAUACAUGUUUUUCUUCUCUACUUAAUAGAUUUUGAAGGAAUUAAAAUUCCUAUCAUCUCUUCAAAUUGUAAC